UGCAGCAGCGUUGGCCUCAGAGGGCACAAGUGGGAUGAGGUUUGUCCUUCAGAGACCAGUAGUGAGCAGCAGGAGGUGUUUACAGUGGCAGAUCUGAUCUCUUCUGAGCUCCUUGCAGCCUCUGGGUGACUGGGACGUUGAACUCGGCAGACAGCUGCAAUUCGUUCCCUGGGAUCCUACCUGCCCUUUCUCUCCCCCUCCCCUCCUGCGCUCUCCUUCCCUCUGAUAAAACUCCAGUGCAUUGCGGUACUGCUAUGGAGCCCAGGGAGACUUUGGGCAGCUCCCGGCAAAAGGGAGGCGAGGUGGAUUUUCUGCUGGCCACUGUUGCUUCCGCAAAGCCUCCACCUGCCUCUGGCUGUGCAGGAGAAACGAUGCUGCCCACGGCAGGCUCAGGGAAAGGGAUCCUGGUGAGCGGAAAGCGGAUGGAGCCCGAAGAAGAGGAUGAGCUGGGUUAUGGGAGAGAUGUGGAUUCCACUUCUAAUGCAGACAGCGAGAAAUGGGUGGCAGGAGAUGGGCUGGAAGAGCAAGAGUUUUCCAUCAAGGAAGCUAACUUCACAGAGGGGAGUUUAAAACUGAAGAUCCAGACCACCAAGAGAGCUAAGAAGCCCCCAAAGAACUUGGAGAACUAUAUUUGCCCUCCUGAGAUCAAAAUCACCAUCAAGCAGUCUGGGGAGCAGAAGCUUUCCAGAGCUGGGAAAAAUAGCAAAGCAGCGAAGGAGGAGGACAGAGCACGCUCCAAAAAGAAGGGAAAAGUCAUCAGAGAUGUGAAACUGCUCAUGAGUUGUGGUUGCAGAAAAGGGAAAAAUGCUCAAGUGAAAGACUCGGAUCAGGUGUGUGGUUUUUAUACCAUGAGCUAUAUAAAGAAUUGGGACUAGCCACCUACAUUCUGGCUGAAGCUUUGGAGAGCUCUGUUGCUGAUGAUUUCAUUUACUGCUAUUUCUCCAAUGUGCCUCUGGAAGGGAAGACACCUUAAACUCCUUGACUUGGAGUCUGCAUCCCUGGGCCUGACAUCCAAAAGCACCUAUCUGUAUGGUGGUUUCCAGGGUGCCAGUCACCAGUGAGUAAAUCCCGACCCUGUCAUCGUGGAGGGCAGAAGCCCAAACAGGCUCACAUGGGGCUGGGAUUUCCCAACAGUCACAAGGAGCUCAGCUCUCAAGUUGGGUUUUCACCAGAGCAGGAGAGGGACCAGUGGUCUAAGUUGUGGCGUAAUGAUGACAUAGACACCAGGGUUCUUUUAGGGUCAGUAACUGCUACCUCUUUAUUGAUGACAUAACUUCAACUCUCUCUUAUCGAGGGCAUAACUUCAUCUUCCUUAUUGAGGACAGGCUCCCUUCUUGUACCAAUCGCCCCACAGCAGUACUUUUCCACUAACUAUUCGUUGGUCAACAACUUUGCCCGGCAACAGCAAACACCCAGCAACUUCCAUGCCUUAACGGAUGGAGAACAAGCAGUCCAAGACAACAAGGCGUCUCCUGAAUCACCCUUCUUUGUUUCUUCUAAACUCUUUACAUUCCUGAUGGCCUCAUCGUUAAGAGUCUGAUGUUAUCACCAGCCAUGGGGCUUGUCGACCCCCAUGGCCACACCCCCGCACUAAGUUGCAUGGCCUCCCAGUCCAAAUGAAACCCUACAAGCAGAGGUGAAAAGCUAAGCAGUGUAAUAUAAAUACCACAAAACCUUUGGUAACCUCCAAGGGAAUACAGCUGAGCACACUAAAGCACUGGAUUCCCGUCCUCCAUCUUCCUUCUGUGCCAUGGAUGGUCUUGAUGAAGCAUUGGGUUGGUGGAGUGGGAUGACUGAGAGAAGUCCCAAAAUAAGGCUACCUCUUGGCAGCAAACACCCCCGUGUCCUUGGCUACCAUUGGCACCGCUUCCAGUUGUCUGUGUGUUUUGUGGGAGUGAAAUUCAUCUGUGCUCCAAGGCCCAGAACCAAGUCUCUGCACCACAGACAUCCUACUGUAAUUGUAAGGUUCAUAUAUGCUCUUCAGAGUGAUUAUUAGUUUCCCAGUAAUUUAUGCCUCCCCAUAAAUUAUUAUACUGUUGCUUAUUAUUUGAGGUGCGUUGUUGCAUAAGAAUGGCAAUCCUGGGCUAGGUUUUCCUUGUGCUAAACAGUAUAUUAACAUAAAGCAGGAAAAAUGGUUCCUGGGGAAUGAUUUUGGCUGUGUCACUUCUGUACUUUCUAAGGAAAGCAAAACAUCAUUUAAGAACAGGGAAAACUGUGUGGCAUGACAAAUAGUGUGUAUAUUAAGGGUACACACAAGGCUGAGAACCAGAAGUAGCAAAGAGCUCCAUAUUCUCAACACAUGCAGCUUUGCCUUUGUGGGGUUUACUUUUAUUUAUUUUUCCCUGCUUCUCCCAAAUUGUAGGCAGCUCAUCAGUGUUUAACUGCUCUUAUUCUUUGAUUUUUUUUUUUCUUUUUUGCUUAACUUUUCUGGUGGCUUGUGUGAGUUCAAGUGUUACUGAAAGCUUGGGUCCUCCUUGUCUUUCUGUGUGUUUUUGGUUUUAAUAUGACAAAUGCAUGUCUCCUCUGGAAACAGUAUCCAUGCUGCAAAGUAAUUAUUUAGUGAAUGAUGGAUCCAGUUCGUGUUGGCAAGGAUCAGAUUAAUCAUUAUUAAUCGUGACCCCUCUGACAGUAACCACAUCCCUUGCCCGAAUGCUGUUCUGUAUUAAGAAGUAAUGUCUGUUAGGGGAUGGUUGGGCCUCUGCUCUCACUGCACCAGCACAGGGCUCAGGACUGCUGGCAGGGGGCAGAGGAACUCGGUUCAAAAUCAAAAAUAGCUGCAUCCGGCCCACACUCCAGAAAUUAAAUAGGCAACUUCCCCUGGGGGCUUCUUUGCCUCAUCUGAGUGUCCUCCUUUCCUUCAAAGCCUCCUGAGAGUUUACCUCCUUCCAAAGGUUGAAUUCAGUGCUGGGGAUGAAAUAAUCUCUCUGGUGUUUUUUUAUUUUAUUUGCCUGCUCUGAUUUUUGUUGUUGUUUUUGGUUUUGAAUUUGGGUAGAUCCCAGCGCAACCUAAAGCAUGUGGAGGCCAGAUCCUUGCGGUCUACUACCAAGGAUAAGAUUUUAAUGUCUAAACUAGUGGCCGCAGCAGGUUUCAGCUCUGGGACGCCGCUCAUCCCAAACAGUCCACAAAACAGCCACCUUUUUGAGGAUUUCUGGAUUCUUUGAAGAAACAGUGCGCUGUUGAGGUGUGUGGUCAGGUUCAUGUUGGAUGCAAAGCUGUGAGAAGUUCAGAUACAUAUAUCCAUCCUUACUGCUCGUGACACCAGAGAUCUGCUCUGUCAGAUAUACGACAGUAAUUUAAUUCAUGUUUAUUCUGGCUUUCCUAGCACUACAAGUUCUUUUUAGUAAGGUAAGGCACUGCUAUGAGUGGCUGUCAUCAGAAUUUCAGCAAAAGGACAAUGAUUGAAAUAUUGUAUUGAAACUAAUCAUCUUCCCAACCCCCAUACCCCCAAAUUCGCCUUACUUCUUAAAUCCAGGACAAAACCCUUUAGAAGAGAGCAGGGAAAGAACAUCCUUUGUCUGUCUAGCUCUUUGGUACCUGGAGGGUAGCAGUAGGAACUUGAAGCAAACCUGCCACACUCUUUUGAUCUCUGCCAAAGUUGUUGUGGGAGUAACAUUGUUUAAUGGUUGAAGGAAUUUAUUGAAGAAUAAAAGUAACAGCAAAGACAAAGGGCCCAAUACAAAAUUAUCUGGUAAACUGCUGUCAAAUUUUACGUGCUCAGGGCUACUGGUAAUUUCCCAUCUUAAAAAAUGGGGGGGGGAGCUCAAGGGGAGGAAAGGAGGGUAAAAAGUAUAUAAAUAAACCUACCUCUUUAAAUAGCUAACUGGCCUGGCCUAAACUGUGUUGGAGCUAAGUUCCUUUGGCAGAUGGCACUGCCAAGUCUGCUGAGGGUGUAGCAGAGGGCUGAGACCAGGUUUGGGGAAUCUGCCUUAGCUUCAGUGGCUCUGCCUUGCAUUCAUCCACUUGUCAGCAAGAAAUGUGCUGAAGCAUGAAACGAGGGAGUGCAAAGGCUCCCACCGCCACACUCCAUCCGAGCAAGUCUGGAUCACACCCCCAUGGUUAAUGUUUCUCUCCGCUAAAAGGAAUAAGAGCAAUAAAAAUAAAUGAAAGCAUUGGCUAACAGUUGGAAAUACACAGGUGGAAGAAAGAAGGAGAGAACUAGGGGAGUGAAGGUAAGCCUAUAUCUCCUGCUCUGAGUUAAUGGCAGAGAUUUAAUCUCUGCUUGAAAAAUCAUUGGAUUCUGCAUGGGUUAUAAAAAGAAAAAAAAAAAAGUAAAAUACAAAGAGAGAGGACAUUAAUUGUCUGAGGUGUCUGGGCAGUAAAGCACCCUUAAAAAUAUUUCAUUUAUUGAAUGAAGCAGGCUAAGUGAUCCUAUAAGGAACUUAGGACUAUAGGAAACUUUCCAAGAUCAUCCAGUCCUUUGAGAUCUCAGGCAACUUCUACAUUAUAUCACUGAUUAACACAUCCAUUUUGGCACUGGUUAAAAUGCAAUUACCAGAAGUAAUACUCGUAGCUCUGUCAUUACCCUCAUCCCACCAUUAGUCUUUUACUUUCCAAAAUACUCACAUAAUCACUGCAUCUUGUUCCUGCCACUGGAUUAGGUCUUCUUACCCCUAAUGAUGUGAGCGUUGGUCUCAGCCAGGUGGGCUGACUUUGCUUUUCCAUUCACCCAUCACAAUUCUCUUGUUACUGGCCGUGCUGUAGGGAGGAAACAGGCCCACUCGGUGAACCAAAAUGCUGGACAAAAUUUACUCAGAUAUAUUUUUUUAACUGAUAAUUUCUUCCUCUUAGUGGCAUCUGACCUGAAACGAGAGGUAUUUGAAU